AUGCCGAAGAGAAGCAAAUUGCUCCAAGCUCUGGACGAGCACCGCGGCCGGGACUACGAUGCCGAGAAGCAGAAGAAGCUCGUGAGGGCGGCGAACAAGAAGAAGGCGGCCAAGGGGGAGGUGGCUGAGGAUAAGAAGGAGGAGGACAAAGCAAAGAAGUCGAAGGUUGAGGAGGGAGACGAGAAGGAGGAGGAGGAGGAGGAGGAAGAGAAAGAAUCUGCCGAAGACCAAGAAUCCGAGAACGAAUCCGCCGCCGAAGAGGAAGAAGAGGAGGAAGACGAAGAAGCCGAAGAAUCCGACAUCCCGCUGAGCGACCUCGAGGACGACGAGCGUGAAGACGUGGUGCCGCACCAGCGGCUGACCAUCAACAACUCGGCGGCCAUCACGGCCUCGCUGAAGCGCAUCUCCUUCAUCUCGGCGCAGACCCCCUUCUCGGAGCACAACUCGCUGGUGUCGAAGGAGGAGAUGGAGGUGCCGGACGCCAACGACGACCUCACCCGCGAGCUCGCCUUCUACAAGGUCUGCCAGGCGGCGGCGACGCAGGCGCGCGCCCUGCUCAAGAAGGAGGGCAUCCCCUUCACCCGCCCCGGCGACUACUUCGCCGAGAUGGUCAAGACGGACGAGCACAUGGACAAGAUCAAGAAGAAGCUGUACGACGAGGCCGCCGCCAAGAAGGCCGCCGCCGAGGCCCGCAAGCAGCGCGACCUGAAGAAGUUCGGCAAGCAGGUCCAGGUUGCCAAGCUGCAGCAGCGCGCUAAGGAGAAGCGCGAGACCUUGGAGAAGAUCAAUGAUCUGAAGAAGA